CUAGUCGUUCGUAUUGAAUAUACCACCGUCAAGAGCGAUAUCUACAACCUUCCUGCCGAGUGCCCAGUAGCAAUUUGUAACGCAGAAGAAAUGACUACCAAACACCUCGGGUUCGAUCAAAUUAUCACUUCAAGUAUGUUUAUGUACUGAUGGGAUUUUGAGCAAAAAAAUCUUUACUGCUGAGAAUACCAUUGGCCACAACUCUCCUGUCGGCAAGCCUGCCACCGAGAACUUCAAUAAGCAUUGCCGCUCUCGUCAGUAAAGGUAAGUAAUUAUUUUAUCCCUUCAAUUCCUUUUCCUGGGGCUAUCGCGUGCCGUUCUCUCCCCAAUUUCUUCAUUGUCCCUUAUGGUGUUCAUCGUCAAAAUACCUGGUAUCGUGACGACUUUCAUUUGCCACGAUAUUUCCCAAGUAGACUGACGGUCUAGAUAGGGUUCUCUAGAGUGUCACCAUGGGGCCCAAGAAGAAAUCGCGUAAGGUCUCGGAACCGGCAUCAGCUCGUGACCAAACACCAGCUAUUAUCGAUCAAGGACGUGAUCCGAUUGAUCGAGGAGUAGUUGAUUCGACACAAACUGAUAGGCCGCCACCACUUUCCAGAAAGGCUAUGCUUCGUCACUGGAAGGUUGAGAAGACAUGGAGUCGCCCUGUGCCACGUCGUGUCUCGGAUCUACGUCCCUUGAAGUCGAGACGAGACUCGAUGGAAAGUACAUCGUCAACUAUGGUAAUGCGAUUCACUUCUCGCCGCCCUACCCUCGAUGAAGUGGCAACCGCGCACAGUCGACUCAGAAAUGAUCGAAUCCAUCGAGUUGUCGAAGAAGCACGCAAGCGAUGCCAAAUGCGGCAGGAAAAGAGAUUGGAGCAGGCCGCUCGUGCGGAUGAACGCUCUGUUAUCAAGCCGAAACCUGUUACCAAGCCGCAGCCUAUUGUCCAGCCAAAGCCUGCUAUCCAGCCAGAGCCUGUUGUCCAGCUGGAACCUGUUGUCCAGCCGAAGCCUAUUAUCAAACCGAAGCCUAUUAUCAAGCCGGUUCCUGCUGUCAAGCCGGUUCCUGUCAUCCAGCCAGUGCCUGUCAUCCAGCCGGUGCCUACUAUCUGGAGGCUGCCGCUCUUUACGAGUAUACAGCCCGAAGUCUCCAAGCCUCCUGUUAGCAAUGCCUUCUGGAACCAGAAGGUUCUUGACGAGACCGACAGUGAUUUCCGGAACUUCAAGAACAGCGGUAUCCGUCGUUCUGAGCCGCCGCCGAUUGAAGAUGACAUCCCUUUGCACCUGGCGACCUACAUGGCUAUGGGUGAAGCUUACUCAGGCUCCCUGUAUCUCGAUCUGGUUAUCAUCAUGGAUGGUUGCUUAUUUGCUCUGGGCACAAUUAGUACUGGGUUUUACUAUACCAGUCGGAUUACUGAGUUCAACAAUCAAUUCGAUAUUGCUGUGUACUACUUCUACACAUGUUUCUUAUUGCCUAUGAUUGUGACAGAAGGUGCUAAACAUGCACACGAACUCAAAUUUUUGAAGGAGAAAGUGUAGGAAAGUACCGAGGUACGUAGGUAUUGUGGGUUGCCCUU